AUGGUUUAUCGCUCAGGGCAAUUGGUCCGGUCAGCCGCCCGGACCGGUGUCGUCUUCGUCCCUCGCCGAACUCUGACCUCAACCCCCAUCCGUUGCGCCGCGAACAAUGGCGAAAAGAAGACCGGCCUGCUCGCUUCUUUUAAAAAUUUGUUCAUUGGUGACUCCGCCAAGGGUUCCAAGGUCACCCACCGACCUUCCGCUCCUCAAAAGGAGGAGGGUGGUCUUGGAGGAAACUCCAUUUUCGGAUCCGACUUGACUGCGCCAUCAUCCGGUCCCACGCCAUCACGAGCGAAGCAGGAAAAACAGACAGAAACCGAGGAAUCUCCCAGAUUGGAAAAGCGUGAUGCUACUCGUCUUCGGGCCGCACUACACCCGGACCCUAAUGCUCAAUUGCGAUGGGAGAGAAAGAUGGCCAUUCGUGAUAUCCGGAAACGAGGCCGUCUGCCGAUGAAGGUCCAGAUCAAGCGUUCCGAGCGCGAAUCCCUUUCCAAGUCCCAAUGGAUCAAGACUUCUUUGAAGAAGCUCGGUCCUUUGGCCCGUCAAAUCGCCGGCAAGAACAUCGACGAGGCCAUUCUCCAGAUGCGCUUCAGUAACAAGAAGGCUGCCAGGGACGUGUUGGAGCACCUGGAGCACGCAAAGAACGUCGCCGUUGUCCGUGCCGGUAUGGGCCUGAACGACCCCGCCGCCGAGACCCCCAAGCCUAUUACUGUUACACUCAAGACCGGCGAGCGCAAGAAGAUCAACGAUCCAUCCGCCAUCUACAUUCAGGAGGCCUGGGUCAACCGUGGUCCCUACGGAUACGAGAUGGAUCACCGUGCCCGUGGUCAGAUCAACCGCAUGCGCCCCCCUACCACCAGCUUGUCGGUUCUUUUGAAGGAAGAGAAGACCCGCAUCCGCGAGUGGGAGCAGCGUGAGGCCAAGGCCCAACGUGAGCGCAGAUCACAGCUUUGGACCCAACUUCCGGAUCGCAAGAUCCCCACGCAGAACCAGUAUUACAGCUGGUGA